AUCUCACACCAAAGGGGAAGUAACAGCGUUGAUAGCAAAAUGUUUCGCAAAGGUUCUCUCACGGUCUUCUCAGUCUUUGUUCUGUGCCUUGUACUUACAGAGGUUGCAGCUCUAAGUCGCCUGACUCCACAAAAGCGUUGCAAAUGUACUGACAUAAUAGACAGAUUGCAACGAGGCAUGAAAAUCAGCAAUAUCAAAAUUUUCUUCAAGCAACCAUAUUGUCCAAAAAAUGAAAUCAUUGUCAACUUGAAAGAUGGGACAAAACUUUGCUUGAACCCUGCUGCAGCAAGAGGGAAACAUUUGAUUGCUUCUAUGAAAAAGGAAAAUGAAGGCUUAAGCAAACAGUUGAACUGAACAAUGGAUUGUCCUGCUGUCUGAACAGGACUAUGUUUCACAGAACUGCAAAAUACAGCAUUUGAUCUUUGGUGAAGCAAAGCUUCAAUAUCUGCUUUCAAUUCUUCUUUAUGUAUUUUAUAAAGUGACCUGUCUGUAACAGGCAUAAAUACUGUCAGCUUAGUAUUCUUUACGUGUAAUUGUAAUAAGGAUUAUCUGGAUAUUAAGCCAGUCAUAUGUCCCAAUGCUUGAUUUAUUUUAAUUUAUCAUUUUGGUGUCAUAAUUAAAUCAACACUGAUUCUAAUGCAAAUAAGCUAUUUUUGAUCAUGAGAUACAAUAAAAUUACAUUCCUGUUAUAAGGCUAAUCAACAAAAUUUUCAGUUUACUGUUGAUUUUCUAUCAAUUUGAUUUGUUUCUGCUUUUAUAUUUCAAUGUCCAUGAAAACCAGUAAUAUUUUUAUAUUACGUCACUUACACUUGGAAUUUAUGUAAGCUUAUGACAUGCAAAUUUUAAAAUUGUUGUAAUGUUUAUUUGUAUUAAAAGCUGCAAUUACAA